GCACACAUAAUUACCAGUAGUCAGCUGUUGAGCUGUCAGGGUUGCCAGGGUUGAGCCUGUUCCUUGAUUUUUGACGACAGAGAAUUUUUCUGCAGCGCCCGUCGAAAACAAAUAUUUCUUCCGUUUUAACGCGAGAACCAAAUUGAGUUUGUUUUCCUUCAAAGCCUUCAAUUUUACGACAAUAUGCCGAAGAAAAUGGGAAUCAACUCGAAGGCCGUGGAGGCCCGAGAGAGGAAGGAUGCAACGAAGAAGGCGACGCAGGAGAAGAAAGCCCGGGAGGCGGAGGACCGAUUAUGGAAAGACGAUGACAAAAACUUGGCCAAAAAGCAACAGCGAAAGGAAGAGGAGGAGCGCAAGAAGGCGGAAGCCCUCAGGCGGAAGGCUGAGUCCAAAGCUCUGCUUGACCAGGAAAUGAGCUCCAUCAACACCCAGCGCAAACAGCCACUUGCCAAGAUAAACCGCCAGCAAAUCCUCGAGGAAAUGGAGAAGAAGCAACGUGUAAUCGACGCCAUCAACGAAGCCAACAAACCGGCGGCGACACGAGUAGUGGUCCAAAGCACAGUCGUUGAGGAGAACCUCAACCGUUCCUUGGCCGAUACCGAUGUGGCCACAAACAUUGACCAGGCUUUGGUGGUGCUAAAUAUCAAUGAGGGAGAGGACCAGCAUCCAGAAAAGAGGAUGCGUGCCGCCUACAAGACUUUCGAGUCUAACAAUCUACCCCGCAUUAAGGCCGAGAACCCAUCGCUCCGCAUGUCCCAAUGGAAGCAACUCCUAAUGAAAGAGUGGAACAAAUCACCCGACAACCCUUUUAACCAGGUGCGAUAAGAUCCGGUAGACCACACCUCCCCUUAUGAGGAGUGAGCAUACUCUAGUGACUGGUUACUUCCCAGCAGUAAACAAACAAAUCAAACGGAUCGGAUUCAAAUUUGGAUUGUACGCAGGACUUAGUUUCUAUAUAAAGUUGAGCACAGAAUAAAUUUAUUUAUUUAUUAA